AUGUCGAUGCUGAUAAACGGCUCGCCGUCUAAGCCUUUCAAGAUGGAAAGAGGUUUGAGACAAGGUGACCCACUAUCUCUGUUCUUGUUUGUACUGGUUGUGGAUGUGCUGCAUCGAAUGAUUGGAGAGGCAGUGAGGAAUGGUCAUAUAUCUCCUUUGCUGGUUGGUAGAGAUAGUGUAGCGUUGUCACACCUUCAGUUUGCUGAUGACACUAUUCUCUUUUGCCCACCAGAAGAGGAGACUAUUAAGAAUUACAAGAGGCUUCUGCGAUGCUUCGAGUUGAUGUCAGGCCUGAGUAUCAAUUUUGAUAAGUCCAGCCUGAUUCCAAUUAAUUGUGAGGAGCAAUGGGUCGAGCGUAUGUGUAACUUGCUGGAUUGUAAAGGGGAUGCCCUUCUAGUUAAAUACCUUGGAAUCUCUCUAGGAGCUAAUCUGAUGUUGGUGAAGACAUGGAAGCCUAUAAUAGAAAAGGUAGAGGAGAAACUCAGCUUGUGGAAAGCUAAGGUGCUAAACAAAGCUGGGAAGUUGGUGCUUAUCAAAUCAGUGUUGAACAGUCUGCCAGUAUACUAUUUGAGCUUGUUCAAGAUGCCGAAAGCUAUUGCUGAAAAAUUGAUUUCGCUACAGAGAAGAUUCAUGUGGAGUUCAGAAGAGGGUAGGACUGGUAUGGCAUUAGUAAGGUGGGAAGUGGUGCAGGCGCCGAAGAAAUUAGGUGAGCUGGGAGUUGGGGAUGCUAUGGUUCGUAACACAGCACUGUUGUUUAAGUGGUGGUGGCGAUUUGCAAAGGAAGAGUGCCCACUGUGGAAAAAGGUCGUAUGUUCUUGCCAUAAUCUAAAUCCCUAUGAGCUACUGUCGACUCAAGAACUGCCUACUAGAGAAGGACCAUAG